GCUGUUUGGAUAAUGUGCGCUGGGAGCGUUGGAGGCUCGGCGCCCUGCUCACAUCUGGCUGGGGUUUGCUCUUUACGAGUCUGUCCCGCUUUCUUGUCUCUUCCUUUACUUUCGAGAAACCGCGCUUCCGCUUCUGGCCAGAGAGACCUUGGACCGGAGGAGGUCACGGUGCCGGGAAGGCAGGGACCCGCGGCUGCCUGCACCCGCCCCCUCUGCACCUUCUUCCCAGAGGACUUUUUCUGUCCUUCUGGCUCUCUCCUCUGACAAGUCUGCUCUUCCCGCGACCUGGCUGGGAGGAGGCCCUACCGCCGGGGGAUGCUCCAAGCCCAAGAGGCCGCUGCUGGACGCGGGCUGGAGCAGGCACCGGCGGGACGAUGGGCUCCCGGGGACUGAGACUCGUGCUGGCGGGCGGCCUGUUGCUGGCCUUCGCCUGUGGCCCGGUGCUGGGCCGUGUGCCACGUGGUCUCCAGGAGCCGCUGGAGCAGGAGUGGACCAAGGAGCCACUGCUAGACUACGAUGAGAGGGAUGGAGAAAAGCAUGAAAAGCCCAGCCCCAGGCGGGGGGAGGAGGCCACAGCUUCCCCGUGCUUCCGCUGCUGUGACCCUGGUACCCCCGUGUACCAGGCUGUCCCUGUGCCACAGAUCAACAUCACCAUCUUGAAAGGUGAGAAGGGUGACCGGGGAGACCGCGGCUUGCAAGGCAAAUACGGCAAGACCGGCUCGGCGGGCGCCCGGGGCCACGUGGGCCCCAAAGGGCAGAAGGGGUCGAUGGGGGCCCCCGGGGACCGCUGCAAGAACCACUACGCCGCCUUCUCCGUGGGCCGCAAGAAGCCGCUGCACAGCAACGACUACUACCAGACCCUGAUCUUCGACACGGAGUUCGUGAACCUCUACGGCCACUUCAACAUGUUCACGGGCAGGUUCUACUGCUACGUGCCGGGCAUCUACUUCUUCAGCCUCAACGUGCACACCUGGAACCAGAAGGAGACGUACCUGCACAUCAUGAAGAACACGGAGGAGGUGGUGAUCCUGUACGCGCAGGUGAGCGACCGCAGCAUCAUGCAGAGCCAGAGCCUGAUGCUCGAGCUGCGGGACCAGGACGAGGUGUGGGUGCGCCUCUUCAAGGGCGAGCGGGAGAACGCCAUCUUCAGUGACGAGUUCGACACCUACAUCACCUUCAGCGGCUAUCUGGUCAAGCACGCCGCGGAGCCCUAGCCCGCCGGCCCCGUGCCGCGCGCGCCGCAGCCCCCCUGCUCCCCCACCCCGCCCCCCAGGCCUGGCUUCCCUGCCCCGCCGCCCCAGCUUCCGCCUCCUCCACGGUGCCCUCCACGGAAGGGGGAGCAGGAGCAGCUGCGCUUGCCGGCCUCGCGGGCUCCCGGAUGGGCUCGGCAGGCAGGCACCUGCCGGGACGGGGCAUCCAGCUGCCCUCCGUGCCCCAGUCCGUAGGCGACCCCGGGGGCCGGCCGCCA